AUGAAAGAAGAAUGUGGUAAAUGUAAGAAGUCCCUCCAAGUCUCAUCAUGUCACGGAUGUGAACAAAGAUUUUGUGCUGAACAUGUUCGGGAACAUCGACAAGAGUUAACGCAACAACUUCAGCAUAUUAUCGCGAAUUAUCACGAUUUUGAAAACGAAUUUAACAGUGAUGAUCUCCUUCGGCCGUAUUUUUCUCGUAUUGAACGAUGGGAACGCGAAUCGAUUUUGACAGUUCAACGAUCAGCUGAACGAGCUCGCAAUGAUUUGUGCCAAAUUCAUGAACAAUUGAAAAGCAAUUUUAAAUCUUCAAUCGAUCGAAUCUCGAUGGAUAUCGAACACGUGCGACAAGCCAAUGAUUACACAGAGAUCGAUUUGAAGAAAUGGAGAAAACAAUUAAAACAACUUCAACAUGUUCUUAAAAGCUCAUUUACCGAAGAUAUGAUCGACGACAGUCAAUCGUCGAUUCCAAUGAUACAAGUUGUCGAUAAAAACCAUGCUCAGACAUCCGACGGGUCUGAUUUGCCUCCUCGUCUAAAAUUCGAUCGAGGUUUCGGUAAAAUACGACUCUCGAGUAAUAAACAAAUCGUCAAAUGUACAGGAAGUCAUUGGAAUGGUUCGACAAUUUGCUGUAACACUCUCUACGUAUCCGGCAUCCAUAAAAUCCGUUUUCACAUCAAUCAAAUGGGUAAACAGAAUCCAUUCUUCGGUAUCGUGUCCACUCUCGAAGAUGCCAAUCCCUGGAAUCGUAAAACACCAUUUGCCUAUGGCUGGUGGAAGAUUCCCUGGGACCGUGAGAAGCCUACCGAAGAUACGAGCAUUCAGGCGGGUGACGAAAUGACCUUAACGAUCAAUUGUACAAAUAACGAAAUUGAAUUAGAAAAUCAUCGGACAAAUCAAUAUACAUUCGAGCGUGUUACAUAUGAAAAAUGUCCUUUUCCUUGGAAAAUUGCCAUUGUUCUCUAUUCUCCGGGCGAUUCGAUCAGUAUUGUAUCGUAG